AUGAGAAUUCACACCGGAGAGAGACCUUACGCAUGUCAACAGUGUGGAAAGAGCUUCUCACGAAAAGGAGACCUUAAGCUUCACACGGUCGUUCACACUGGAGAGAAGCCGUUCACGUGUGAUCGGUGUGGAAAGAGUUUCGGACACUCGAUGGCACUGAAAAUUAAAAGUCAAGAACUCAAUGAAGUUGAAGAGAAAAAUCAGUGUGAGAUGCUCCAUGAUUUCAUGACGGGUGAAAAACCCAUACAGACUGAAAAGAUUUCCUCACGAAAAAGAGCUCAGAAGACCAAACCUAACAGUUCUAAUCGAACACGAAAACAAAACCUUGAAAUCCACAAGACUGUUCACGCUGGAGAGAAGAUGUUUAUAUGUGAUCAGUGUGGAAAGAGUUUCUCAGGCACGAAAUGCCUUAAAAUGCAUGCAAUAAUUCACUCCGCAGAGAGACCUUUCAUGUGCCAGCAGUGUGGAAAGACUUUCAAAUUAAAGAAAUACCUUACGACUCACAUGAGAGUUCACACAAAAGAGAGGCCUUUCACCUGCAAACAGUGUGGAAAGAGCUUCUCACAAGAAGCACAUCUGAACUCUCACUUGAAAGUUCACACUGGAGAGAAGUCGUUCACAUGUGAUCAGUGUGGAAAGAGGUUCACACGUAAAGGAGACCUUAAUACCCACAUGACUCUUCACACAGGAGUGAGACCUUACAGCUGCAAAGUGUGUGGGAAGAGUUUCUCAUGCAAAGGAAAUCAUAACAGUCACAUGAGAAUUCACACUGGAGAGAAGCCCUUUAUAUGUGAUCAGUGUGGAAAGAGUUUCCGAUUUAAACCAACUCUUAGUUACCACAUGACUAUUCACUCGAGGGAAAACUGUUUUAUAUGUCAUCAGUGUGGAAGGAGUUUUACAGAAAGAAAUGAUCUUAAGAUUCAUGUAACGAGUCACACUGGAGAGGAGCCCAACAUGUGCCAUCACUGUGGAAAGAGUUUCUCAAAGCAAUAUCUCCUUAAGAAUCACAUUAGAAUUCACACUGGAGAGAAACCUUUCACCUGCAAACAGUGUGGAAAGAGUUUCGCCAUUAAAGUAAACCUUCAGUGUCACAUGAGAGUUCACUCUGGAGAGAAACCGUUCACCUGCCAUCAUUGUGGAAAGAGUUUUGGAGUUAAAGGAAACUUUAAGAGUCAUUUGAGGCGUCAUGUGUAA